UCGAGCUCGAGCUGCCAUACAAAUCCAUCAAUAAACAAAACUGACGUGUACCUACAAAACAAUAUUUUAAAUUAAAUCAUCAACGUUCAUGGUCUUGUAAAAAUGGCACUGCCCGGCGACCGCGUACCAGCUGAUGGCAAUCCGACGGGGAAUGGAGAUGCAUCACAGCCACUGCUUUCGGAGGCUGAGAGUUUGCCACCGCUUUCUGAGCGAGAGGCUUACUUUGUAGCCUUGCGAGUGUGGAUUCAGCAAGCUAGGAUGUAUCAGAACCUGUCAUCAUGCUUUCCCUACUAUAUGAUGGCUUUUCGAGGCCUUUCUCCAGCUCAAAGCAACGUGCCACUUCUGAAUAAUAACUAUCAGUUUCAAGGGCAACAGUUCCCAUUUCAAAUGCCGAAUCUGCCGCGUAAUGCUCCACCCAACCAGCCGCAGCAGGAGACGCUUACACCAGCUGAAGUUAUUGCCCGUCACGGAGGCUAUGAGUAUGUGAUCCCCCCACUAUAUAAGAGGCUAGCGGCAGAGUUCAUAGACUUUAUGCUGCUUUUCAUACUCAAACUCAUUGUUACCUUCAUAGCUGUUGAUAUGUUUGAGUUGAUAGAUUUGGAUAAGUUCGACAUCAUAAAAUUCACGGAACACUAUGAUGACUACAAGUACGCAAUGGAGCUUACAUCAGAAAUUCUGUUCCUAGAGGUUAUAUACAGGGUGCUUGUCUGCAUAUUUGAGGCAUUCUGUCUCUGCGGCAGCGUCGGGCGCACCGGCGGCGCCACGCCCGGCAAGGCGCUCCUAGGCCUCCGCGUGGUCACGGCUUCAGCCGUCAUCCCCGUCGAAGGCCGCCCGAGGGAAACUGUCCUACUCUACCCGGGCCGACCUCUAUCCUUCCUGCUUGCACUAGUGAGAUCUCUCAUGAAGAAUUUCUUGAUAUCUCUCCUGUUCCCGCUGUGUGUGGUGUUGUUUGUGUUUAGACAUAAUCGUACGGGGUACGAUUUACUGUGUGGAGUGAUUGUAGUUGAAGAGAAUAUGUUCCCUAGGAGACGACAUGCGCCAUAAAGUUUUUUGUUGAGUAUUAAAACGAAUAAUGGCCUGUUUACACGGUGCGGGAAAUCGCAUGCGAUUUUAUUACCCUGAGGACGGUUGAGGUUCCGUCAAUUCAGUCGGCCGAUCCAAGUCAGCAAUGUAAUGAAACUCGCACCUGAGGCCUCGUAAUGUCUAAAUAAACCUUAAGAGUCAUGGCUUACGGUAAAUUUAAUAGAUAGAUACCACUAGAUACAAAAGUGGCCCAUUUAUAUUACUCUUCAGUGUAAAUUGAAGGAAAAGGAUAAGCAAGAGUUCAAAGGCUAGCGGUUUAUGCAUGCGCGGAUCCAGUUAGCCUAGACCCCCCCUAGCCUUAGUUGCCUAGGUUGGUCAUUCAAAUAGACCACGUGACACCCCCCCCCCAGCGUUAUAUGUCUGUGGUUUUGAUGGAAAAAACAAAUCAUUAACCUGUUGAGUCCAGUAAUCUUUUGUUUUGUUUCCGAAUUUGUAACUCAGUGUUACUCAAUAAGAGUCAAAAUGAAUAUUAGAAUAUGUACAAACAUGUGUACCUACAGGUACACAAGUGUUUAUUUUUUACAGAUACAGAAUAUAUUAUCUCGACGACCGGUCUGGCCUAGCGUGUAGUGACCCUGCCUGCUAAGCCGCGGUCCCGGGUUCGAAUCCCCGUAAGGGCAUUUAUUUGUGUGAUGAGCUCAGAUAUUUGUUCCUGAGUCAUGGAU